GUUGCUAGAGAGAGAGAAGGGACAUGUUAGAGGCUGGCAGGGCCGCGGAGCUGCUCGUCUAGACAGGGGGUAACGGGCACCCUUUCAGAGAUGGGCAACGGCGCCCAACGAGAAAGGACAUGGAUCUGAGCUGAGUAGCUAAAAGCCGGACUUGGUGUAUUGCUCCCGGACGUCUAUAUGCAAGAGUUAUUUUAUGUUUGAAAUGUGGGAGAUGGUGGCGUUACCAAGAGCGAGCUCUCCCUUCCUGUCGUCUAGGACAAGAUGGCAGCAAUGCAGGCGAACUGUGCAUGGGGUGGAUUUAUAAGUCCAUAACAUGCCCAGAGAAGCCCUGGAUUAUACUUAAAGUGACUCUAUGUGAAGGUAUGGCCUCACAAGUCUUGGUCUACCCACCACACAUUUAUCAAACCCAGACAAGUGCCUUUAGCAGUGUGAAGAAACUCAAAGGUGAGCCCAGCAGCUGUGUGUACCAUGAGAGGGCACAUCCGCGGACCUUUCUGAACAGCAGAACCGUUGGCAUUGCACACGCGACCAAACAAGCCCAUUCGUUUGUGAACCGAGACUUAGCAGUGGGCCUGAGAGCACGUGGAGGAGAGCAUUACCCGGUGCAGACGGUUGUGGUUCGCGGCGUACAAAGACAACAGCCUGGUAAAAGAAGAGGGGGACCAGGCCCGCUUGUGGCCCAGCAGCAACAGGAGGCGAGGGCCGUCGACUCACAGGGCAAGGAGCAGCAGCAUCAGGCGGUUGAAGAAAGUGGGAGCAGCGGUGGAGCAACAGGAGCAGGAGGAGGGGGAAGGGGAGAGGGCUGCAGUGGGGGAGCUGAGGAAGGAGGAGAGGGGGAGGAGGGUGACAGAGAGGAGAACUGUGAAAGUUUGAACUCAGCUGACGGCUCUCAGCGAUGUGGGCUGAAACGUAAAAGUGAGGACCUGGAUAACCGAGGCAGCACCAUGCAGAUUGUGGAGGAACUGUCUAUGUUGCCUGCCAUGUUGCAAACGACGAAUGUGGGGAAUGCAGCCGUUACUGCGCCGACGGCUGUUGGGGCUGGGGGAGGCCCCUCCAAACAGGGUGUAGGGCAUGGGGGUGUAUGUGCAACUGGAGGGACAGGAGGAGGUGAUGGGGACUAUCAGGUAGUACAGCACGAAGUCCUGUGUUCCAUGAAGAAUACUUACGAAGUGCUAGAUUUCUUGGGUCGAGGCACAUUCGGCCAGGUAGUGAAGUGCUGGAAGAGGGGGACUGGGGAGGUUGUGGCUGUGAAGAUCCUGAAGAACCACCCUUCGUACGCAAGGCAGGGUCAGAUUGAAGUUGGGAUCCUUGCACGCCUGAGUGGGGAGAACGCUGAUGAGCACAACCUGGUGCGGGCCUUCGAAUGCUUCCAGCACCGCAGCCACACUUGCCUCGUAUUUGAGAUGCUUGAGCAAAAUUUGUAUGAUUUCCUGAAGCAGAAUAAGUUCAGUCCGCUGCCACUGAAGGUGAUUAGACCGGUGCUACAGCAGGUAGCUACAGCUCUGAAAAAAUUGAAGAGCAUGGGUCUGAUUCAUGCAGACUUAAAGCCAGAGAACAUAAUGCUGGUGGACCCAGUGAGGCAGCCCUACAGGGUGAAGGUCAUAGACUUCGGCUCAGCCAGUCACGUGUCCAAAGCGGUGUGUUCGACGUACCUUCAGUCUCGGUACUAUAGGGCUCCAGAGAUCAUUUUGGGAUUGCCGUUUUGUGAAGCCAUAGACAUGUGGUCCCUAGGUUGUGUGAUUGCUGAGCUUUUUCUGGGCUGGCCUCUUUACCCCGGGGCCCUGGAGUACGACCAGAUUCGCUACAUCUCACAGACACAAGGUUUGCCAGGCGAACAAUUACUGAAUACGGGGACAAAGACGGCACGGUUCUUUUGCAAAGAGUCGGACUCGCCUUAUGCAGCGUGGAGACUGAAGUCAACAGAUGAACACGAGACGGAGACGGGAAUGAAAUCAAAGGAAGCGAGGAAGUACAUCUUCAGCUGUUUGGAUGACAUAGCGCACGUGAACUUGAUGAUGAAUCUGGAAGGUUGUGACUUGUUAGCGGAGAAGGCUGACCGGCGGGAGUUCGUGGGCCUGCUCAAGAAGAUGUUGCUGAUCGACGCAGAAGAGAGGAUCGCCCCUGCCGAAGCGCUCAUCCACCCGUUUGUGACGAUGCAACACCUGCUCGACUUCCCCCACAGCAACCAUGUGAAGUCGUGUUUCCACAUCAUGGACGUUUGUUGGACUCGUCCCACUGGGUACGAGGCGGCCAACAGAAACAAAGGUCCUUUCGUUAGACCUGUAACUACAACCACUGCUGCCUCAGCCAACCUCCCCUUCAGUAAGAUCCCAGGUGUUCACACUCAAGGUUUAGUUCCACCUGCGCCGUCAGUAAUGCACCAUGGGAUACCGCUGCAGACUGGCGGUGGUCAGUUUGGAUGCAAUGAUUCGUUUCAGCAAGCUCUCAUUCUGUGUCCCCCGACAAUACCAGGUAUCCCCACUAAUACUGCUAAACCAGCUGGCUACUCUGUCCGUAUGGAGGCCUCUGUACCUCUGGUGACUCAAGCACCAUCAAUCCAGCCGUUGCAGAUCAGACCUGGAGUCAUCACUCAGGCCUGGUCGAGCCGUGCCCAGCAGAUCUUGGUGCCCACUUGGCAGCAGGUUACAUCUGUCCCCCCACCAUCAACCACACUGGCUUCUGACACUGUGACUGGCACACAGAGAUUAAGUGACUGGGGGAAAGUGCGUCCCCAUGGUAACCAUUUCAGCUCCAUGAUUGCACACCCUCAGCCAUUCCUAACCAACCAAAUGACCAUGUCCACCCACCAACCGGUCAACAUAGGCAUCGCACACGUGGUGUGGCCACAGCCAGCGGCAAACAAGCGAGCAAAGCCUUGUGUGAACAGGGGCAGCAGCACCUCCCAAAACACAAACAUCCAGAAUGUGGCAUGCCAGUCCCCAAAGAUGGCCGAUACAGCAAAGAAUGUGGAGGAAAUUGAGGAGGAGGGAGCCAGAUGUCAAGAAGAAGGGCACGUCAUAGGAGAGGGGCGAGCGGAGGAUCAGGUCGAGGAGGACGACGAGGAGAGCUGCUGUAAAGUGGAGCCGGACUGCGAGGAGCUCUCGGUUUCGCAGGAGCAGCGGCAGGAAAUGUUGAUCUCUGGCCUCGCCAGCCCGACUGUUAGCGUCAUCAGCAUCAGCAGCGAUGAGGAGGAGGACGCACAAAGACACUCGAUGGGCGAGUGUAAGGGCAGUGCAGAUUGUGAAGCAUGUCAGAGCACCAUCAGUAUGGAGAGAGUAUGUUCUCUCAGCAGUCCAGACAGCACGCUCAGCACCAGCUCUUCAGCUUCAGCCCAGUCCAACAACUCCCCAUGCAAACAACCCAAUAGCAUGUCGGAUGACGAACAGGAGAGCGGUUGUGACACGGUGGAGAGCUCGCCUGCCUCGCACAACUCCGGCCACAGCAGCAGUCCCUUUACCGAGCGCCGCUACAUCGCCGACAGCAACCAGAACUGUGAGCCGCGCGUGGCGUGCGUUGCCCCCGAGACUGAGCCCAGCAAGCCUACAAUACGCACCGUUGUGGUGCCUCCGAUGCGGGUGCAGAACAAUGACAACAACUGUUCGAUCAGCGAAACACCUGGAAACGCAGGUCACAUGGCCUGGGAUUAUGCUGUGUUAGUAGGCCACAGAGGUUCUCACAGAGUCUUUGUGCCACUCCAGAGGGAGAGGCAUUCCUGGGCGACAGCAUCACCACUCCACACCGCUCCUCAACAGGCCGCAGAAAAUCGGCCCCGUGUUCCAGCCCCAGCAACAGCAGCCUAUGGGCUUUGGACAGGUCCAGCAUUUCACUUCAUGCCACCAAGAAUGGAACGGGAACUUUGCCAACCGGCGACCACAGGCGUACAUCCCUCCCACCAUGCAUGGGCACACCUUCACGCUUUCCCACAGCAGUCCAAACCACACAACAGGCCCCCACCCCCACCUUGGGGGCCACCCGCAUUCUCAGCCUACCCUGUUGUCGUACCCUCCGUCUGGCCCUCUGGUUACAGCGGCCCCCGUGGCCCACCUGCUGGCUUCCCCUGGCGCCUCCCGCCCCGUCCUCCAGCCCACCUAUGGCAUAUCCCACCCGGCAGGCAUUGUGCACCAAGUGGCAGUGGGUAUCAACCCCCGGCUGCUCCCCUCCCCCACCUUGCAUCCACAGAGCCAGUUCAAGCCCCUGUUCCCCCCGCACUCUUACAUCGCCUCGCCUGCUUAUGGCAGUUUCCCCCUCAGCCCCACCAAACUAAACCAGUACCCCUACAUCUGAGCGUGGCUCUGGUACCUUUCCUACCGCCUGGGGGCUAAGCAGGGCAGCAUCCCAUCCUAAACCACAAACAACAUGGUUUUCAUUUCUAAUAAUAAUAAUAAUAAUAAAAAAAAAACAAAACAAAACCAUGGCA